AUGGUACGAGAAGUGCAAAAACGCAUGAUCGCACCGGCUCGCGUGGUGCUUUCCAGCCUGGCUAGUUAUGCGUUUUUGCCUUUCGUUGUUGUGGAAGAACUCAAGGGAUUUGAUGAAGUGGAAAUCCAGAAAAGGGUGAAUGAAUAUCGAAAAUUACUGCAAAGUCAGGUGGAGUCUGGUGAGUUGAACAUAGAUGCUGAGCUGAGCACUCGGGACACGCACGUUUGGGCAAAAGCCGCAAUUCAGAAUCGAAACCGAAUGCGCGCCGCGUUUGGCAUUAAAGACGAUUUCAUCGAUGGGACAUCUUUUGAAAAGUUAGUCUCAUUUUUAUGCGUUUCGUGCUGUGUAAUAGCAGUACAAAACGCAUAUUGUCACGGGGUUGUCUGUGUGUGUGUGUGUGUCUGCAGCCAAAGUAACUUCUCCGCAACUUUUAACUCGUGA